AUGGCCACACACAGGAUCCCCUCCAGGCUGCCACCUGGUGGAGAAAAAGAGAAAGUGCAGUGCAGCCUGUGUCUCUGCCACAGGAGGAUCAGGCCACACCUCAGGCCUCUGCAGGUGAUCCAGCAGGUGGCGCUGCGUCUGGUCUGCAACCAGCCCCAAAGAGCUCACGUCGCUCCGCCGCUCAUAUCCCUCCGCCGGCUCCCAGCUGCUGCUCGCAUCAAACUCAAGGCCUGGACCCAGACCUGUCCUGCCCACCUGGACUCCCCCCUCCAGCUGUUUCCUGCCGGCGCUCGCUCACACGGAGACGAGAGCGCGCCCGAAGAGCGUCACCGCCGUGGAAGCUUCACCGCCCGGGACUGCUGCGAGGAUGACGGCGGUGAUGAAGAGGAUGGAGACAGUUUAACUGCUUCCCGCGAGGAGGGUCCGAGGGUUUGGGAGGCGCGCAGCGGCCGGUACCGUCCCGUCCCGCCAGCGGGCCGGGGCUCUCUCCCUCUCCAGGUCAUGUCGCUCCGGGCUCCGAGCGAGGCGGCGCCCCCGCCCCCGCGGCCGCUGGAUGGCGGCUGGGGCUGGGCCGUGGUGGCGGCCGGCUUCACGGCCAUGCUGCUGGUGUACGGCUCGCCCCAGUCGGUGGGCGUCCUCUACCCCGAGUGGCUGCUGGUCUACCAGGAGGGCAAGAGCCGGACGGCCUGGGUGGGCUCCGUGGUGUCCGGGGUGGGCAUGCUGAUCGGUCCCGUCUGCAGCGCCUGUGUGGUGAACUUCGGCGCUCGUCCAGCCACCGUCUUCAGCGGCGUCAUGGUGUCCGGCGGCCUGAUGCUCAGCGCCUUCGCCCCCAACAUCCCCUUCCUCAUCUUCUCCUACAGCAUCGUGGUCGGUAUUGGAGCUGGUCUGCUGUACGCCUCCGUUAUCACCAUCACCUGCCUGUACUUUGAUAAGAGGCGAGGCCUGGCGCUGGGCAUCGUCAUCACAGGCUCCAGCGUGGGCGGGUUCGUGUACGCCACCCUGCAGACGGUGCUGGUGGACUGGUACGGCCUGGAGGGCUGCCUGCUCGUCAUCGGCGCGCUGGCGCUCAACAUCGUGGCGUGCGCCGGCCCCAUGCGACCCCUGGCCCCGCCCAAGUACUACCUCAAACAGCGCGCCGCCAUGUUGGAGCAGAGGCGUGACCCCUCCAAAGAGUCCAAAGAGAAAGAGCCGAUCAAGCCGGCCAAUGAGAAGCCUCCGUCGCACGAGCUGCAGAUCGCCGUGGAGACCAGGGAGCCGCUGGCCGGCAGGAGCGGCGUGUUCGGCUGCUCCGCCCUCAUCCGGCUGAUCAAGAGCAAGCUGAGGGGUUACUCCAGCGAGCUGUCGGCCACGCUGGCUCUGCUCCGGGACAAAGUGCUCGUGGCUUUCUGCGUCUCCCUCUUCCUCUUCAGCUUCGGCGCCUUCCCCCCCCAGCUCUUCCUGGAGGACCUGGCGCAGAGCGAGGGGCUGGCCGAGGGCGUGGCCGACGUCUCGCUCGUCUCCCUCAACUCCAUGGGCAGCUGCGUGGGGAAGCUGGCGCUGGGCGUCAUGGUGGACCUGCCCGGCGUCAACAGCGUCUUCCUGUACGCCUCCACCGUCGCCGUGAGCGCGCUGGGCCUGCUGCUCAUACCCCUCACCAGGACGUACCUGGGCCUGCAGGUGCUGUCGGUGCUGCUGGGCCUCAUGUCGGGGAACUGGUCGCUGACGCCGUACGUGGUCUGCCGGCUGGUGGGCGUGGACAAGAUGACCGAGGCCUCUGGGAUGCUCAUGCUGUUCGGGGGCGUGGGCAUCAUCCUGGGCCCACCUGCCGUAGGCGCCCUCUACGACGCCACGCGCUCCUACAGCCUGGCCUUCUACCUGUGCGCCGCCGGCCUGCUGGCGGGAAGCCUCGUCCUCGCCGGCACCGCCCUGCUGUGUGGGCGCCGCCCCGAGCCCGGCCCCGCCCCAGGCCCCGCCCCCGGCCCCCCGCGCUCGCCCCUCCCUCAGGCCGAGCUCGCCGUCCCCGACGCACAGACCCGAGCCGUCGUCUGAGCGGCUUCCUGUCUGAGCGGCUUCCUGUCUGAGCGGCUUCCUGUCUGGACGGCGGACGUGAAGACGAGACAGUCAGUUUGCACUCGACGCCUGAAGCUUGAAAAGAGAAAACGUCAUGAGGGCGCCGCGGCCUUCAGGUUCACCUCAUAUUUCAGGGGAAUUUGACGUCACGAUCUUCAAGACGUUAUGAAA